AUGGUUUUAUCUCUCGAAAGUCUUCCCGAAGAAGUGCUUUAUUCUAUCCUAUGUUAUUGCCACCCCACUUCCUCAGCUGCAUUGGAACAGGCAGCUCGCCGGUUCAAAAAUGUAACGAAUGAGCCUUUACUAUGGCGUUCCUACUGCAAAACCCACUUCAAGCAUUGGGACCAAAAACACAGGUUGCCAGAGAAACUCGCUGGCCCUGUCAGUCUCCUGGACAAAAUCAUUGCGAGUCAAACUGGGCGGAUCAAUAAAUUCCGGACGAUUGUCGAUUUUGGUUAUGAUAUCAAAGACACCCUUUUACGGCACCUCUCUGUAGGACCGGAAACCGAAGACUAUUUAGCAAGAAGAUAUUACGCACAAGCAUUGUUAACCCAACUCAACCGAGGCCUUGCCAUUGCAGAAUGGGAAAAAAUAAGGACUGGUGGGAUUGUAUCUCUCGAGAGAGCAUUGGGUGCCUUCGAUCUUUUCAUUCCAAAGGAUGGCGAUGGGGGCUUAGAUGAUAUAACUACAAAACUAAAUGACAUUGCCAUACAAUUUAUCUCCGAAUACCCUAAUAUACGUCAACUCUCGCCCCGUGAGAAGGCCUUGGCCGUGGCGUCAUACUUGAGGAGAAGCAAUCUGACAGGCAUUGAGCCAGAACGAGAGUACCACCUCUUGGAACACAAUUUCCUGGGAGUUGCAUUAGAUGAUCCUAAUCAUAAUGCACUCCCGUUGAUCUCAGCAGCUAUAUAUUGCUAUGUUGCGCAGAAGCUUGGCUUGAACGCCCGGCCUUGUGGUUUCCCCUUGCAUGUCCACGUCAUUGUCACGCCAGCACCGGGCUUUGAUAUUGAUGGAAAUGAACUCGAUUUUGCGGAACAAGGUGAACCCAUGUACUUGGAUCCAUUCAAUUCACAACAAGAGACACAUAUCUCAAACUUACAAAAUCAAUUGCUUCUCUUGGGGGCUUCCAAUAUCGAACGAUCAAAUUUUCUGGGCGAAUCUUCAACUCCGCAAAUAGUCCUACGAUGCGGAAGGAAUAUUUUGGCUUCGAUCCAACGCAUGCAUCGGUUUCCUAAUGUGCGCCAGGCAGAAAUUGAUUUGCCAAGCGCAAAAUAUGCGGCAUUUUGGUCGUUUAUGCUUUUCUCAGGGUCUAAUCAGCCAGCGGAGCUUCGACAUUAUUUACCCUGGCUAAUGGAGCUAUUUACUACGGAUUUCCCAUCUGACGUCCACCUUGUCGAGCAGCAUAUUGUCCCUCUUCUUAGUGGCCUGCCGGAAUAUGAAGAUAUUUUGGAGAGUCUUCAUGACAUACGAACCGCUGAUGAAAUGCCAAGGCAAGUGCGGCGUCGAACCACCAGUAACAAGAGUGUAAGAUAUCGGAUAGGUCAAGUCUUUCGACACCGUCGCUAUAAAUAUAAGGCGAUCAUCACCGGUUGGGAUAUGGAAUGUGAGGCUGCUGAAAACUGGAUGAGAACAAUGGGAAUAGAUCACUUGCAGGGAGGCAGGCACCAAAGUUUUUACCACGCCCUGGUUGAGGACAGAACAGUCCGUUAUGUAGCUGAGGAGAACAUCGAGCCCAUUGACCGUUCCCUUGACGAGCUGCCUUUAAACCUAGCUGCAGUAGCCGGGAGGCAUUUCAAGCGAUGGGAUGCGCACACUCGGUCAUUUGUUAGUAAUGUACGGGAUGAGUACCCAGAUGACUAG